AUGCUUCCCCAGGCAGCGGCCAGCAGCGCCAAGACCGGCCCGGACCCUCGAGGCUUUUCCCCGUCCUCGUCUUCUCCGCCUCCAGACAAUAAUUAUCGCCCUCUCAACAACCUCGCACGAGACGCCCAGUCCCCGUCGUCCCUCUGGGCCCCCUCCCCCUUUUCUGCUCCUCCCUUCUUCUUCCCCGUGAACAAUGAUCCGAGCCCCGUCGCUGGGGUACCCGCGCCCAUCAUGAUCCCUCCCGAAUCCGAUGACUCUCCGAUGGCCCUCUCCUCGCUUCCACUGACCGGGCACCACCAGCACCACCAAGACGACAGCGCUCCCCCAGACGAGUUCGACUCCCACAGCCCCGCUAGCUCGCGCGAGCCCGGGAGCGCCCUAACAGCCAACGAAUUGACCGCCCUCCACGAUGGCCCACAAGAAACAACACCCGGCGGCACCGCCGGAGGAGGAGCCGUCGACGACAACGGCGACCCCUCGCAAAACCCCGAUAUGCAGGGCGACAACAAGCCCGCCUGGAGCGAGAUGAAGACAAAAGCCGGCAAGGAGCGGAAGCGGCUCCCGCUGGCGUGCAUUGCCUGCCGGCGGAAAAAGAUUCGGUGCUCGGGCGAGAAGCCCGCGUGCAAGCAUUGCUCGCGGUCGCGGAUCCCCUGUGUGUACAAGGUGACGACGCGCAAGGCAGCCCCGCGGACGGACUACAUGGCUAUGUUGGAUAAGCGGCUGAAGCGGAUGGAGGACCGGGUUAUCAAGACGAUACCCAAGGACGAGGCGAGGGAUAUGGCGUCCAUUGGGCGGUCGAAUGUGCGGCCGCCGCAGCCGGGCCAGGCGGCGAAGAGCCAGGGCCAGAACCAGAGUCAGGCCCAAGCGGCGACGACGAAGAGUCAGAAGAAGAGGACCGCUGAGGAGGCGUUUGAGGCUGAGAUGGAGGAGUGGGCGCGUGGUGCGGGUAGGAGCAAUGCGCCGCAGGAUACGUUUCCGAUGCGUCGUGAGGGCAAGUCGAAUGAUGGGCCGAGUUUGAUGACUGAGGGGGUGGAGUUUCUCCCUUCGUUGGAGAUUCAGGAGCAUCUGUCGGAGGUCUUCUUUGAUUGCGUUUAUGGGCAGUCGUAUUUGUUGCUUCACAAGCCGAGCUUCAUGCGCAGGCUCAAGGCACGGACGGUACCUCCUGUGCUUAUCCUUGCUGUCUGCGCUGUCUCCGCGAGAUUCUCGACCCAUCCGCAGAUCAAUUCCGAGCCCCCGUUUCUGCGCGGAGAGAAUUGGGCCAGCCCCGCUGCGAAUAUCGCGCUGAAGCGACAUGACGAGCCGAAUAUCACGAUUUUAACAGUGUUCCUACUACUCGGGCUUCACGAGUUCGGUACAUGCCAUGGCGGACGGAGUUGGUCGUUUGGUGGCCAGGCCAUGCGCAUGGCGUACGCGCUCCAGCUGCACCGAGAGCUCGAUUACGACCCCCUCCUCACCCAAACGAAUGGCGGCAGUACACAACUUAGUUUCACAGACCGAGAAAUACGGCGGCGCACAAUGUGGGCGUGCUUUUUGAUGGACCGGUAUAACUCAUCAGGAAGUCAGCGUCCGCCAAUCGGUAACGAGAAAUUCCUCCAGAUACAGCUUCCGAUCAAGGAGACGCAUUUUCAGAUGGAGAUUCCAGGGCCUACAGAAGACUUGGAGGGUAAUGUGUUGAACCCCGUUCCAGAGGACGUCGGGCAGCUAUCCAAUGCGAGAUCGAAUAUGGGCGUGCUCGCCUAUAUUAUUCGCGCCGUCGUUAUUUGGGGUCGGAUUGUGGACUAUCUCAACCUCGGCGGAAAGCGGCGAGAUAGUCAUCCACUGUGGUCGCCAGAGUCGGGAUACUCGCGCCUCAGAAAGCAGAUUGAGGAUUUCUCUGCCUCGCUUCCGAGCCAUCUACAUUUCACAUAUGAGAAUCUACAAGUCCACGCCGCAGACCGAGUCGCUAAUCAGUUCCUCUUCCUCCACAUUAUUAUCCAUCAGAACACACUAUUCCUCAACCAGUUCGCCAUUCCUCUCUCACCCGGCGGGCGCCCGCCCCGCGACAUGCCCCGGACGUUCCUCAGCAAUGCCGGAAGAGCCGCCGUAGAAGCGGCGCAUCACAUCUCGACCCUCAUCAACCACGCCGCGCCAUAUCCCCUCACAGUACCGUUUGCUGGGUACUGCGCAUACUCGGCCAGCACCGUGCACAUUUGGGGCAUCUUUUCCAAGAACGCGCAGCUGGAAGCUCGUUCAAAGGAGAACCUCCGACACACAUAUCGAUACCUCAACAAAAUGAAGAAAUACUGGGGAAUGUUUCACUACAUGGUCGAGAGCGCCAAAGACCGCUACCGCCAGUUCGCCGACGCAGCAAUCAAGGGCACAGUAACCACGCAAAACGGGCCUGUCACACCCAUGUUCCAGUAUGGCGACUGGUUCGACAAGUACCCGCACGGCGUCUCACGGCAACACUGGGAAGACCCCGAGCAUCACGCGCGAAAGAACGACGACGAGGCCGUAAUGAGCCAGAAGCCCGAUCUCCAAAGCGUCGAGGACUUCUUCGCCAGCCUCUCCCCAACACCACAACCCGCUCUCCCACGCCGCCGGCACUCCCGCGCAGGCAGCAGGAUCGAGAGCAUCGCAGGCCUCGACCAAAACACAAGCACACCCACCUCGCAACAACAAAUCGUUGACGUCAACAUGGAAACCUCCCCCGGUAUCCUCGGAACCUCAGGAACAGGAUUCCCCCAACCAACCAUGUUCCCCCACAACCGCAACGCCCAGGCCGCCACCGGACAGCACCCCAACUUCACCCCGGGCCCCUUCGACUUCACAAUCCCCGUCACCGACCAACUCCCGCAACUCGACCGGCAGUUCGUCUACGAUUCCUUCGCAGGAUUCAAGCCCUCACCCACCUCCUACGUCCCCGGCGACCCGCACCAAAACCCCUUCACAUCUCUAAACGGCGGGCAGGACGUCGGCGCCGCAGGCGCCCCACCUGGCGCAGCCGCCGCAGCAGCAGCAGCAACGCAAGACACAUGCGGGAUUUUCGGGGGUCAACUAGACCCCAACGCGCCCUCGGGCACAGGCGAAUUCUACCAGCCAAGCGCGUGGUUUCUUCCAUUCAACCUCGACCCGAUCGGCGCCGGCGCCGGCAUGGAUGCGACGGCGCAGCAGCCGGAUGCGGGCGCCGAAAUGGCUGCCUUUGGGCCUAUGGCGGGGUAUGAUCUAGGGAUGGGGGGAUUGCCGAGGAAGGAUAAUUAA